AUGCGUGCGCUUGAUCUGAACGUACUCACUAUUGGGUUCCUCGCGCUCUUACCGUUGACUGCUGCAAGUGAAAUAAAAGCUCAAAAUGGAAGCAGCAUCUCCGCGCCUAUGUUUGGUGGAGGUUUGGUAUCCGAGCCCUCCUGUUCAGGACCAAACGCUACCAAGAGAACAAUAGGAUAUUAUGAAGGACGGGCUUCCCGGCGACCAUGUGAUACAUACUUUCCAGCAGAUUUUGAUGCUACUGCCAUGACACAUAUCAACUUUGUAUUUGUCCAUUUUCAUCCAACAACGUUUGAGAUCACCCCGAAAGACCCUAGUGAUAUUCCUCUCUAUUCACAGUUUACUGCGCUAAAGGAGAAGCAUCCGGCACUGCAAACAUGGGUUUCACUAGGCGGCUGGGCUUUUAAUGAUGCUACGAACUCUCUUAAUACUCAGACUGCAUUCAGCGAUAUGUCCUCGAGUGCAGCAAAUCGUCGAGUUUUCGCAGUGUCUCUGAUCCACUUUAUGGAUACGUAUGGUUUUGACGGGGUCGAUAUUGACUGGGAGUAUCCUGGUGCUGACGAUCGUGGCGGUGCCACAGCCGACACUGCGAAUUAUGCUCUGCUGCUGAGCGAUCUUAAAGCGGCAUUCCGAGGAAGAUACGGCAUCAGCGUUACAUUGCCAUCAUCAUAUCGAUACCUACACUGGUUUGAUCUUCAUGCCAUGGAGAAGUCAGUCGACUUCUUCAAUUUCAUGUCUUAUGACAUCCACGGAGUGUGGGAUUCAUCUAGCAAGCUUACCGGCCCGUACGUGCGCCCACAUACCAACUUGACUGAAAUACGACAGGGCCUGGACUUGCUCUGGCAGAACAAUAUUUCACCUUCGAAGGUUAACUUGGGUGUUGGCUGGUAUGGACGCUCUUUCACUCUGAAUGACCCAUUAUAUAACACCCCUGGCUGUAUCUUCAGCGAAGUUGGCACUGCUGGAGAGUGCACAAAUUUCGCCGGGACACUGUCGAAUGCGGAAAUCAGACGCAUAAUUACCAGUCAAUGUCUCACCCCCACGAUGGAUCGCGAGGCGGCUGUAAAAUGGAUCACAUGGGAUUCAAACCAGUGGGUCUCCUAUGAUGACGGUGAGACUAUGCAAAUGAAGAUUCAAGCUGCAAGUGAGCUAUGCCUUGGCGGAACAGUGAUCUGGUCAAUCGAUCAAGGCAGCACAGACAAUGCAAGCAGUAACGACUUGAUGGGCAUCGGAACUGCGAAUGGCGUCUCGGCCGCUGAAGCAACAAUGCUACGCGAGUGGCAGACUACCGCAAAAACUGCGGCUGCUAUACGAAAUUCUUGUCAUUGGUCAUCCUGCGGAGAUCAGUGUCCUGCUGGAUUCCUAUCCGAGGCAUAUGCCAAAGGGCAGGUGAAGGGUAUCGAGAUCGAUAUGAAUUGCGAAGGCGACGAAGUCAAGACUCUUUGUUGCGCUCCUGGGACCAAUACCGGUAGAUGUGAGUGGAGUGGAUGGCGUGGUGUUGGUAUGGCAUGUGCUACCGGGUACUGCCCCGAUGGAGGAAUGUGGAGCCUUGCUUAUCAGAUCUUUCCAACAUAG